UAGUCGUGAAACAUGAAGUUCGUUGCGAACACGCACAGCUGACACGAACGCCGCAUUCACUCACGCUUCUGUCGUGUUGCACAGCUGAUGUGAUAGAAUAACAAAUAAAUUCAGAUUUGACGUGUACGAGUGAAUUAACGAAAGUUCUCUAAUUUUCGCUUUCAUAGUAGGGAUAUUCGGAUAUUUAUGUGGAUUCACGGAGGAAAUGUUUUCUCCUACGACCCAGAUUAAAAAAGCCAGCAUGAUGUCAUGUUUAAACGGCGUUUAUAUGUGCUAAAUCAUGCAUCCACGAGUUUCGCGUCAUAAACGUUCCAUAAUUUUGUUUACGCGCGUUUUCCGUCCGAAUACGGCAUAUUCAGGGAAAUAGUUCAGAUUGAAUUAUCAACGUUUCUGUGUAACUUAUCAUUUUGAAACGAUAACGAUAGUAUUACCGAAACGAAACGAAACGAUAACACAUAAAACUCAACAAUUUAUAGAACAAUGAAAGUUCAUGCAGUCUCUACUUGGGAAACUUUUACUUCUUGAAUGAAUGAAUUGUUGUCAUAACACAAUGAGUAAUCUUUCUGGACAAUUUCGCAAGACAACAUGGGAUCCUAUUCUUAUAAUCUCCCAGAUAGUAGCUGUGCAGACUGUUAUGUACUUUUGCCUUGGAUUCUGGAUUUGGAUCACUGCAUCGAUGUUGGGCUCAACAAAAUCUUUGGAUUAUGCUUUUCAAUACAAAGAGAUACAUGUUCGUGACUUUGAAGGACGAUCAGUUAUUGUAAUUUUUGUUUUUAAUGCACUUAUUGGUGCAUCAGCAUUAUGGUGGCUAGUGCAAAGAACAAAACAGUGCAUGGACUUUGCGUGCACUGCCCAUUUGAUUCAUCUGAUCUGUUGUUGGGUGUACAAUGGAACUUUCCCAACAUCUUUCAGCUGGUGGUGUUUAAAUAUCGUGUCGUUAAGUAUAAUGUGUGUUUGUGGAGAAUUUCUUUGUAUGAGAACAGAAUUGCAGGCAAUACCAUUAGGUAUGAACAGUCAGAAGACAGCCUUAUGAGAUAUGGAUAUGAAUAACAUUAAUUUCUGAAAUAAGAAAGUAUUACAUAAAUAAAAGUUUUUUUCAGUAAAUAUUUUCUAUUUUGCUUAUGUUAAAGUUCUUGCUAAAAGCAAUAUAUUGUUAAAGCUAUUUAAUCCCUUAUGUAUAUAUAUAUUCAAAGA